AGAGGGGUACUCCAUAACCAAACAUCAUCAACAGCAAAGAAUUAACCAACAAGAAUAAUUCAAUAGCAACAACCAAAGAUAGAGAUGCUAAUAUUAAACCCCAUAUUCUAAGAGCAAAUAGAAAAGGAUAUACAAAGAGAAAGUGACCAUUUAAUUUGUGCAAUUUUUAAAGGUUUCAAAAGAAGAAGAGAGAGAGGCUUUUUUGGAGCUUUCAUGAAGAUAUUAUAGAGAGAGAGAGAGUGGAAACAAGAAAGAAAGAGACUGUGUUCAUUGUGUAUGUGAGUAUCACGUAUGUGAGUAUCACGUGUGAAUAGAUAUAUGAAAAUAAGAAAAAAGGAGAACAAGUUAAAGCGAUGCAUGAUUUUCUUGUACUUUUGAACUUUUUAACUUUGAUCAAGUGAACAAAACAGGAAAAAAGUUGAUUUUCUCUUUUGGGUUUUUGAAGUUUGCUUCUUUCUCUCAUUUCUUGGUCUGAGUGUAUGUGUGUGAAAGAGAAAGGGAGAGAACUGAAAGAAAAGUUCAUUUUCUCUUAUGGGUUUCUGAGUUCUUAUCCUCUUUCUUAAUUAGUGUGUGAGAGAGAAAGUUUGGAGUGUGGGGAUUACGAUUGGCACAACUGCUUUCAAGGAAGAAUUGAUUUCGCGUUCUUCACAACACAGACAACUCUUGCUGGUUUUCAGGAUUGUCCAAGGCAUACGCGUAGAUUUAUUUUCUCAUCUCAAAUUGAUCUGCAGAAGGAAAGGUUUCAUAAACAGAAAAAAAUGGCAACAAAUUAUCCCAAUUCAAACAAUCAGAGAGAUACUGCCACUGUCCUCUAUCCAAGAGACUCUUUACCCAAUUCUUAUUCAGAAGCACAACUUCCAGGACAAAUGACAAUGUACAUGAAUUUCUCAUCUUCAUCAGAAUCAUAUCCAAAUCCGAACAGAGAAUUUUUGUCGAAUCUUGAUGAGUCGAGAAUUGCGCAGCAUGAUUUCGAGGCGUGGAGAGACGAAGGUCGAAAUCAGACUGUACUAAUGAACUCGGUGGAUGGAUCUUCAGGAUUAUCCCUUAGUUUCGGUACAAAUGUACCAUCAGGAAUGCAGAUUUCUUCAUUCCAAUAUCAGAAUCAUAAUCCCAUUUUCUUGAACUCGAAUGAGGAUAUGAUUAUUCCAGGAAGCAGUUCAGAUGGGAAGUCUAGAGCUGUUCUUAAUCCAAAGUACUUGAAAGUAGUUCAAGAAUUACUUGAUGAAAUUGUUCAUGUCAAAAAAGGUGUAAAUAAGCAAAAUUCUAAAAAGGAUUUAUCAAGAAGUUCUAAAGAAAGUGACAGUGAAACUGGAAAUGGAAAUUCAGAAAAUUUCCAGGGUGAUGUUUCAGCAGCUGAGAAGCAAGAUUUGCAAAAUAAAUUCAGCAAGCUCUUGUCAAUGUUGGAUGAGGUUGACAGAAGGUACAGACAGUAUUACCAUCAAAUGCAAAUAGUGACGUCUUCUUUUGACAUGAUAGCAGGCUCUGGUGCAGCCAAACCAUACACAUCCCUUGCCCUCCACACAAUUUCACGCCAUUUUCGUUGCUUGCGCGACGCCAUAAAUGCCCAGAUUCAGGCUGCACAGAAAAGCCUCGGCGAGCAAGAUUCUUUAUCGAAUGGUAAAGGGAUUGGAUUAACUCGACUCCGUUAUGUGGAUCAGAAACUAAGACAACAGAGAGCCAUUCAGCAACUUGGUAUGAUGCAACAUGGCUGGCGGCCACAACGCGGACUUCCCGAAAACUCGGUUUCUAUUCUGCGUGCUUGGCUCUUCGAGCACUUCCUUCAUCCCUACCCAAAAGAUUCGGACAAGAUCAUGCUAGCCAGACAGACUGGUUUAUCAAGGAGUCAGGUCUCAAACUGGUUCAUAAAUGCAAGAGUUAGGCUGUGGAAGCCCAUGGUUGAAGAGAUGUACAAAGAAGAGAUUGGUGAUGCAGAAAUGGACUCUAUUUCUUCAUAUGAGAAUGCACCAAAAGCUAUGAAAAGUGAUGCAAGAGAAGAAGAUUUGCAACAGAAUGCAACUUCUCCAGGAACUGAAUGCUGUAGCCCCAGGAAUCUCCCUGACUUAGAAAUGGUAGAGUUGGAAACCAAUCAGAUUUUCCAGAAUUCGACUUGUGUGGAACCUGAGAAUGAAUACGGGUCAGAGAGAACAACUCGAGAUCUGAGGACUUCCGUGGAUGACGCUAGUCCUUUUCCAGAUACAAUAUUGCAUUCAAAUUGUGAAACUGAUAGAUUUACAGAAGCAGAAGCUGCUACAUACCAUAUGUCAAAAAUGGAAAGAUUUGGAAGUGGAAAUGAGGUAUCACUUACAUUAGGAUUGCGGCAUUUUGAGGCCAGUAGUGUACCAAUGUCUGAUGACACUCAACAUGGUUAUUUCACUGUUAGAGGCAAUAAUGUAAACAAUGGGGAGACUUCGUCUACUGGGACCCACACACGGUCGGGAAAUGGGCAGCAUCAUUUUGCCACCUCCAGUCUUUUGCAUGAUUUUGUAGCAUGAAUACAUGCUGCUAGUGAAGGGGAGAGAGACAGCAGAAGCUCUAGUUUCUUGAAUUUGAAAAUUCGUGAAAUAUUGUUGUAACAUAGCAAAAGGUUGCAUAUUUGUAAAGAAACAUAUUUUCAUCCAGGAUGUAUACAAAUUUGUGACAUGAAUUCUUGGAUGUAAGGUGAAAGCAAGAUCUCUUUCAUGUUAAAUUUCUCAA